AUGGCUGUUUUCUUUAUUUCCUUAUCUUCACAUUCAGCUGAAGGAAUGAACAGUGAAGCGGAUACCAUCAGCCAAGAACAUGUUCAAGUAGCCGAACUGUUGAACUGUACAUUACCGACUUCUCGUGUGAAGAAGAUAUGCCGUCUAGAUCCAGACCUGUCUAUGAUAGGCAGUGAUGCUGUUCUCUUCAUUACCAAAGCGACGGAACUAUUCGUUGCUGAUUUAGCAAAGGCUUCAUACACUCAAGCUGUUCUAGAGAAAAGGAAAACUAUUCAGACGAAAGAUAUUGAUAGAGCGAUAGCAUCGAAAGCCAUCUAUGAGUUUCUCGAUGGUGCCCUAACCGACUGGCCAGAGCCCGCAUCUUCGAAAGGAGUUUCACAGGCAGGAAGUAGUGUGGAGGUUGAAGCAAUAGUCGAGGAAGAUCUUGAAAACGUUGAAGAAGAUGAUGCUGGAGUCCAAGAAGCUAUGGAAGCCAAUGCAGAAGAAGAUGUGCAAGACAACGGGAAGGAAGAUGAGGAACAGGUACCUUGCGCAGAUUCUUGA